AGAAACAUCAAUUUGUUGUUUCGCUUAUUUAUACAUUCACUGGUGGCUUCUUGCAUGUGCCCUGACUGGGGGUCAAACCUGCAACCAUGGCAUAUCAGGAUGCUGCCCUAAGCAACUGAGCUGUCUGGCCAAGUCGGCUGCCUUUUGCAGGUAGCCCUCCCCUCCACCCCUCCUCCAUCCCUCCCCUCCAUCCCUCCUCAGGCCUUUAUAGUCACUCCUUCCUUCUCACCCCCCCUGAGCCCAGGCCAUCCAGAAAGUUAGCUAUAAAAUUGUUCCAUCCAAGUUCAAAGCCAACAGCAGAACAGAUGUUCCCUGAGCACUGGGAAGUGGGGGUGGAUUGGUUUGGGACACACAGUCCUCCCGUUGAUGAGAUUAAAGAGGAGAUGCCUCAGGGCUGGGCUGGCUUCACUGGCGGGCCCCCAGUGCACAGUCCAGCCGCACCUUCUCCCUCUGCCCCUUGAACAGGCAGGCAGAGGGUUGUGCUUAUUUUUUCACUCUUCCUCUAGUCCUCACUGACAUCCUUCGGAGCUUUCGCUUCCUCUUCUCUGUUUUCUGUUUUAUUCUGAUACCAAAGAGCCCCUGCUGUUUCUCUUAUUAUUCUCAUAGCCUAAGAAGCUCACAUUUCUUUUUCUUAGAGGUAUUCGCAGACUCAUAGAGGAUAGAACUGGCAAGAAUCUUUGAGAUUAUUCUUGUCCAGUCUUAUUUUGGAGGUAACUGAUAAAGGUUACUUUAAAAGGGAUUUGUAGUCACAGGAAGGCUUGGCAUAUUCCAACCCUUAGGCUUCUCUUAAUAGUGUGUUUACUUUUCUUGAUCAUCGUUCCACCUUUGUUAUGAAAUGCCGACUGUAUCUGGCCCACAAAGCCUGCCUCUGGCUCAGUUGCCUGACUGGAACAGGCCCUGGCACACAGGAAGGAGAACCUGCCCAGAAAACGAUGUGUAAGUAUGUCGCUGUGGAGCUGAAGUCCGCCUUUGAGGAAACUGGCAAGACCAAGGAGGUCAUUGACACAGGCUAUGGCAUCCUGGACCGAAAGGCCUCUGGCGUCAAAUACACCAAGUCGGACUUGCGGUUAAUCGAAGUCACUGAGACCAUUUGCAAACGGCUCCUGGACUACAGCCUACACAAGGAGCGGACUGGCAGCAACCGGUUUGCCAAGGGCAUGUCAGAGACUUUUGAGACACUGCACAACCUGGUACACAAAGGGGUCAAGGUGGUGAUGGACAUCCCCUACGAGCUGUGGAACGAGACCUCUGCAGAAGUGGCUGACCUCAAGAAGCAGUGCGACGUGCUGGUGGAAGAGUUUGAGGAGGUGAUCGAGGACUGGUACCGAAACCACCAGGAGGAGGACCUGACUCAGUUCCUCUGUGCCAACCACGUGUUGAAGGGCAAGGACACCAGCAGUGCUCCUCGCCCAGGGAACCAGUCUGUUGAGGCCGUCUCUCCUCACCCAGGCUGCCUAGCAGAGAAGUGGUCUGGCAAGAAGGGGGACACAGCCACUCUAGGAGGGAAGAAGCCCAAGAAGAAGAGCAACAGGGCCAAAGCAUCCAGUGGCAGCAGCAGCAGCAGCAAACAGAGGAAGGAGCUGGGUGGCCUCGAGGGAGACCCCAGCCCCGAGGAGGAUGAGGGCGUCCAGAAGGCAUCUCCCCUCACACACAGUCCCCCUGAUGAGCUUUGAGCCUCACCCAGCACCCCCUGAACCCAGACCCCCGGCACGGAAGUUGAAGAAUCUGGGGCAUGGCUCCGGCAGGCAAAGACAGACCUCCUGGCCUUGGGUCCUCCCCGCCUCAUGCGUCCUCUUCCUGUCGGAGAAAGACACUAUCCUGGGAGCACCUCGGAUCGGCUGCGGUCAGUCUGCACCAGCCUUUUCCCUCCAGCAAGCAUUUCUGUCUCGUCAAGGCUUCGGGCAGACCAUGCGAUUUCAGGACUGCCAGGGACUCCAGUGUGAACUCAGGAGGGCCAGGUGUCGCUGGGCCCCGGGACUGGAGCCCUCUGGCAAGUGGGAGGAGGACACACCUGGCCUCAUUUCCCCUCGCUCCUACCUGCGCAGGAAAGCAAGACUACAGGCCCCAGCUCCUCCUCUCUGCUCACCCUCCUGUGGACACCUGUGCUCUGCCCGGUCCUCCCCAGGGCUCACAGAGUAAAAACCUUUUGGCCUUUUUGGUUCUGA